UGUCACUUCCGGUCACUCCACAUUGUUAUUUGUCUCAUCUGUCCUGUUCAUCUUUAACCUCAACUUUACGUUUAUUGUACAAACUGUACUCAUGUAAAAUCAUUUGCUUUGGGAAACGAUAUCUUUACAAUGCCUUUAUAUUUAAUGAAAUUACCAAAAGAAUCAGACUGAGCCCACAUGAACGCAAACCAACCGACCGCGUUUACAGAUCUACACUGUCCUCCAUGUUUCUGAUGCAUCGGACUUUACAUCGGACGAAGAGUCGAGGCUAAAAAUCAGACGCGUUUCAAACGAGCAGGUGAAGUUGGUGAAGGCUGCAGACAUUUUUUACCGAACUGAAUAGGAACCAAACAAUUGGCUUCAUGGAGAAUGGCGACUGGACACACACGAUGACAGAUACCGUUACCCUAAAUGUUGGUGGCCACUUGUACACAACGUCGCUGACGACUCUCCAGCGUUAUCCGGACUCCAUGUUGGGUGCCAUGUUCCGUGGCGAUUUCCCCACCACGCGAGAUGCCCGGGGUAACUAUUUCAUCGAUCGUGACGGCCCUCUAUUCCGUUACAUCUUGAACUUCUUACGGACCUCAAAACUGACUCUACCUUUUGACUUCAAAGAAACCGAACUUUUAAGGAAGGAGGCAGACUUCUACCAGAUAGAGCCGUUGAUUCAGUGUUUAAGCGACACCAAGCCGCUUUACCCUCUGGACACGUUUGAGCAGGUGGUAGAACUUUCAAGCACCCGCAAGCUGUCCAAGUAUUCGAACCCUGUGGCUGUCAUUAUCACCCAGCUCACCAUCACCACCAAAGUUCAUGCGUUGCUUGAAGGCAUCUCCAACAACUUCACCAGAUGGAAUAAACAUAUGAUGGACACUAGAGACUUUCAAUUGUCAUUUACGUUUGGACCAUGUGACUACCACCAGGAGGUGUCCUUGAGGGUGCAUCUAGUGGAGUACAUCUCCAAGCAAGGUUUUACGAUUCGAAACACGAGGGUGCAUCACAUGAGCGAACGAGCCAAUGAGAACACGGUGGAGCACCAUUGGACGUUUUGUAGAGUUGCGCAGAAGGUUGAGGACUAAAUAAUGAUGGCAAUGCUUGUACUGCCAAAAUGUAUCCAUAUGAUCACUUUAUCAUUGAUGGAAUACCGUUGAUGAAAUACUGACGAAUAAAUAUAGCGCAACAUAAACAUGUGGCUAUAAUAAAAUUACUCUAUCAAACGUUAAAUGUGUAGAGGUACCUUAGAAACGAUUAUGGACGUAAGGAACUGGAGAAAUUUAUUUUGUUUUCUUUUAAGGACAAGUGAUAUAUACCUCAUAUACCUGUUCUCAAAUCUGUAUAUGCAAAACUGAAUCAAAAUAUUUUUAAUAUAUAUGGCAUCAGUGUUAAGCUUGUGUAUGUAUAAUAUCUCUGCCGAUGUUUUAUUGUGUGAUUUGUGAGUCUGUAAGUUGUGCGUCAUGGAUCCUCGGUGUGUUGGUUUGCAUGAUUGUCCAUCUAGUAUGUUCCUUCCCUUUUAGUAUGUAAAGUAUAUACUUUGUAAUUCGCAUGUUGUUGCAUAAUUGAAACUGCUGGAGUGUCCAGUGUGCCACAUGUACUCUUUUAUCAAUAUAAUACCUCUAUGGAUGGUUUCAAGUGCAUAGAUUUGGACAGGAUGUGGACUAAAUUGCACUGUGAAUGGUAAUUUGCCAUUCUAAAAUAAUAGUAUAUAGGACUUGGGUUAGCACUGCCAAAGCAGGUCUGUCACAAUAAAAUCGAUCCAAUACUGAAUUGCAUCUGGACAUUUAACGGCUUGAGUCCGACAGAUUUUAUGUUUGUGAAAGAGUUCCAUCAUGUCUGUAAUGAAAUUGACCUACGCAUUAAAAACAAGGUUUCAUCGUCCAUUUUGUGUUCCUUACACACUGCUUUUUAAAGGGAUAGUUCACCCAAAAAUGAAAAUUCUGUCAUCGUUUACUCGCCCUUUAAUUUCAAACCUUUAUAAAUUACUUUAUUCUGAUGAACACAGAGAAAGAUAUUUGGAAUAAUGUUAGCAGCUUUCAGUUCUGGAACAUAAUUGACUUCCAUAGCAGGACAAAUUAAAUGGGAGUCAAAGGUGCUCCAGAACUGUUUGUUUUUCUAAAUUCUUACAUUUUGUGUCCAACAAAACAAAAAAAUAUGUAUUUUAUUACUAUGGUAGUAUUUUAUGUCCCAGAACUGAAAAGUGCUAACAUUUUUCCAAAUAUCUCUCUUUGUGUUCAAAAGAACAAAUACAUUUUUACGGGCUUGAAACAACCUGAGGGUGGGUAAAUGAUGAAAGAAUUUUCAUUUUUGGGUGGACUAUCGCUUUAAUUGAACUAACAAUCUCAAAUGUGAUUUCAUCCAUUAUAUGUAAAACCUUUAUUUAAAAAGAUGGCUAAUGAUCCCAUUUUACAGUGGAACAGAUUUGUAUAUUAAAUACUUAGUCAAAAUUCUAAAUGUUUGAUAAAGAUGGUUCUAUUUGUGUAGCUUUCAGAGAUUCAGUAGUUUUUGUGCCUCUAGUGGCGUCAAAUGAAGUUGCAGCCUGAUAUAUUGAUUAGACAUAACACGUGGUUUGAGUUUUUGGUUUUUCAAACCAAGUCUUAUCAUUUUAGAAUAAAAUGUAUCCAGUUGUACUUGUGCUACUGUUAAAAAGAAGUCAAGAAAAUAAUGUGAUAACUUGAAAGGUGAUCCCCAAAAAAAGAGAGUGAAAAUCCUACAGAUGACAUCAUGCAGCAAAUGUUAGAUGUUUAAUGCAGGCAUUUCAAAUUUGUUGU